UUUUAAGAAUAAGGACGAUUAGAUAUUUCAGAAUGGUCAACUGUAUUGAAUAUGUUUUUUUUUGUUUGAUUGGUUUUUUUUUCUGUUGUUGAAGCAGCAGAGAUGAUCUUUGUUUCACACGUUUCAAGGUGAAAGGGCACAAUUGGUUUCCUAGUUGUUUUUUCUGGUCUGUCAAACAAGGUCCACACGCUCAUUUUGUAUAGGUAUUUCACGUUAAACUCGCCUAUUGUAAAUUAUUUCUCUCUCUCUGUAGAUAAAAAAAAAAAAAAACACACUAAGAUAUCACUUUCGUAAGUUUUGCUGAAUUUGUAUAGUGUGCAGGUGCAGCGGUUUAAUAUAAUUAUGGAAUGCUUUAUAACUUUUACCAACCAGAGCCAAGGCAGAGACCGCAUAUUCCGAGCCGCUCAGUAUGGAUCUGCCUUGUUUGUUUAUUUAUUGAAAAACAAAUCUGGAAGACAGAAACUGAUCAAAAAGCUACAGAGCCUGGAAUCCAACAUGAGCACAGGAAGGAAGUUGUUCAGACUGGGAAACACAGUCAGUUCGAUCGAUGCAGCCAAACGCACCAUGCAUCUUGAAGACCCAAUGCUGCGUUUGUGCUUGACGGUGGCCAAUUUGAAUCGCUCCCUGUAUUUCUUGUGUGACAACAUACUGUGGGCAAGAAGUAUCGGGCUGGUUACUGACAUGGACAAGGAGAAGUGGAGCGUGCGGGCCUCCCGCUGUUACUUUGUCUCCUUGCUCAUGAACCUGACCCGGGACCUGUACGGAAUCUACCGGGCAAUGGAGCGGGAGGCUCAAGACAAGCAGUAUCGACAGAAGGUGAGCCAGCACUGCAGUGACAGCAGAGAUGUGGCGUGCAUGGCAGUCCUGGAUCUCCAGGCUUUCCUCCUGCUGCUGUAUCACAGCCUGAGACGCAACCCCUCUAUCCUGCUGGACACGGCGAAGAAUGUGUGUGACCUCUUCAUUCCCAUGGACAGGCUCGGCAUUUAUAAAACAAACCCCGGAGUGGUGGGCUUGUGUGGACUGAUGUCCUCUAUUUUAGGAAUCCUUGCACUCGUAAAACCAAGCUUCAAACUGAAGCCUUAACAUUGGAAGCAGUGAUUAGGUAUCAUGAAGCUGAAUAUGUACGGUUUGUGAUAUUGCAAAAGUUGCACAGUUAUUAUUGAUAGAUGAUAGAUACAAAGAAGUAGAUGUGAUACCUUUUAUUGGACUAACUAAACAGUAAUUAAUCACAAGCUUUCAAUACCUCAAAGGUCUCUUUCUUGAGGUGAAAGUAGAAAUGAGAGGUUGUAUCACAUCUCCUUCUCUUUGUCUAUCCUCUCUGGACUGAUAUGGCUACCAUUUCAUCUGUUAAUACCAUACAGCAAAAGGUCUUUCUGUAACGUAACAUACAGUAAACCGCUUGGUUCUUUUUCUAUAGUACUGUGAAACAUUAAGCCUAAAUACUAUAGGACAUGCUCUGCUAUAAGCGGGUAUUGUAGGAAAUAAGCAGAACUAUUAUUAUGGUUCGAAGCAGGAAUUUAAAAUGAGGAAAUAUAGAAACUACUGUAUGUUCUAAUAAUGUACUUACCGCAUGGCAUUCCAUGGAACAUUUAGACAUUUUCUAUUGGGGGACACUGGAAUUUCUAAUACAUGUUGUAUGUUGGAAAGAAAAUAAUUUGGCCAUCAUGGGCAACAAUGGGAAUAAUUUCCACAGCUGCCCUGGACUGGUGCUAUUGCCAGCCUUGGCUUUGUAUCUUGGGGCUAUUUUACAUUGAUAUUCUGCAUGGAAUAUACCUCAGCUGAUUUGCUACCAGGGGUAUUCAAUUGAUUAUCAGACUUUGUUUGCUUUUAUUGUUAAGUUCAGAUUUAACAGGUGUAGUAAUUGCAAUUGUAUUUAAUGCUGUAGAUAUAUUUUAGUGCUAGAUGCACUCUUUGUCUAGUUCAAAGUUUAUUUAAGUCUAAUAUAUAUAUUUGUAAACAAGAGAAAGCGUUCCUAACAACUUUUGAGUAUAAAUGACCAAGCCUUUUUUUGGUAGUCUUUAGUACAUAAAAAUCUAACUAUGCAAGUAUUUUAAAGUAUGCAAAAUAAACAGUUCUAUCUGAAAAUAGAAUUAUUAUAUAUACUUAUUACACUGUGUAUUCUAUUGAGAGCCUGUGUGGCUAAGAUUCACUGAAAUGUAUGUAUGGUUAGGUGGCGUGGUUGUGAACUAAUAAAGUGUUUUUUCUUGGCU